AUGUCCAAUCAAGACGAGGCAGUCGAAAAUGUCAAAAAGACUACAAUUUCCUACGCACAAGACUGGGGCCGCUCCCCGCUUCCCCCAGUCCUCCUCGCAACCUUCACCACGGCCCUGCACGCCCGUCCCCUCCAACCACUUCCCUUAGCUUUCACACCCGUCUUUCUCUUCAGCACCUAUCUCAAUCUCUCAGGAUACGCCAUUGAUUCUGCCGGGUUAACAGCCGCCUGGUCAGGCCUCUAUCUCAUCUUAGCCAACCGUAGAAAAGCCUCCGGCAAGAACAUGUAUGCAAGAAUUGGGAGUAAGUUUGGUGCACGGGGUAUAGUCCGAGGUGCUGCGAUGGGUGUUGCGGGUAUGAAUUUGAUGGGUGGUGGGAUUACAUAUGCUUUUGGCAAGAGACAGGAUGAGGAUAAAACUCUGUGA